CUCGCCACUAUGCUGGGCUGUGUUGGGCAACACGAAGAAGCGGAAAAGGCAUAUCGGGAGGUCCUGGAGUUUGGCGAGAAAGUGCUUGGCAAGGACCAUCCGAGCACACUCGACACUGUGCUUAGAUUGGCUCGUACUCUAACGUCACUAGGGCAGUAUGACAGAGCAGCGUCAUUA